UACCUUUUAUAGAUACUUCUUGAUUAUGAAAAAUUAUCCGCUGUCCGAUUGCUAGUUCAAAUUUAUAAACUUGAACCAAACUUGAUCCUUAAGAGUAUAUAGGAACUAUUAUUCUAUUUAAAUUAGGAUCACUCACAAAAUGAGCUUUCUGCUAAUCAUAGUUGCUGCCAUUGCUACUAGGCCAUUGCCAGUAUGAAAUAUAGUGCAACACUUCAAAGAGUAUUUACAGAGCAACUAGGUACAUUGGAAAGCUAGAAGGGAAGCUGAGAUGAGAUAAAUCAAACAUAACUAUAUCUUCAGUACUGUCUUUUAUGAGAGGGCGGUUUGUUUGUAGAGAUGAGCUCUUCAAGCAGUGAUGAAGAUGGAGAUGAGAAAUGGAGGGCAGCCGUCAACAGCAUUGCAGUGGAUUUCGAUACCAAUUUCACGAACAAGAAAAGUAAUGGCGAUUCAAAGAGGGACGAGAAGGGAAAAUCCAACAGCCUCAAGCUAUAUCAGUCUCGAGCUCAGGAUCUCCUUCAUAAUUACUUAGACAAUACUCUGACCAUAAUCCCUAGUUCAGAAUUGCAACCACAUGUGGCUGAUAGUCCAAUGGUUGAUGCUGAUGAUGAUAUCCGUCUGUUUAGGCGGGCACCAGUUGGCAUAACCCUCAAACCUGACGAGAGGCUUCCAGCGUCUAUCCCUAGAAAGAAACCAAGAAUUCCUCCUAGACAAGAGAUUAAUGAGAAAUCGACAGAGUUCAAGUUUCAGCUACAAUCUGUCGCUGUUGAUGGGACCAUGAUUUUAGCUGAAGCAGAGAAGAACAGAAGAAAGGCAUUGGCCAGAUUAGAAGCAAAAGAAUGUGCAGCUCAGAUAGCAGCGAGGAAAGAGGAAGAGAGAGUUGCAUUAUUAAAGCAGCAAAGGGGAGAAAAAUGGCUUCCUUCUAUAGGCAAAGAAAUGGUUGGGGAUGUACAAGCAAAACCAAAUAAUUUGCAAAAGCAAUGCACAAAUCUGGGGAAGAAGCAUUUUGACAAUAACAAAUUAAACAGAAAUAAGGAUCAUGUGAAUGGAAAGCAUCAGGAGAGUUAAGCAUAAAGAAGCCAAAACGUCUGCAGAAAAACAGUCAAGAACAAACUGGGAUCCAAAAAAGAAAUUCAUUGGAAGUAGAACUCAGCUAUAGGCAACUAAUUAAGUGAAAUCAAGUCCUUUGUUUAAUGUAACUGAUUCUCUAAGUUGACAAUGCAAUUUGAAUCCUAGUGAAAAUAUCAAUCUGAAAUUUUUGCAUUCC